UUUAAGGAAAAAUGGAGGAUUUUACAUAUGAAGACUACGGUGACAGUAAUGCCACAUAUGGAAACUACAAUUACAGUUACGAUAAUACCACUCUUCCAGUUGUACAGCAUCAAUCAAAGUGUUUAAAAGAAGGCCUGUGUGUGAUUUUGCUGGUGGUCAGUGUGGUCAUUUGUCUGCUGGGCUUCUGCGGCAAUGCUUUGGUCAUCUGGAUCUCUGGCUUCAAGAUGAAGAAGACAGUCAACACCACCUGGUACCUGAGCCUUGCAAUCUCUGACUUUGUCUUCUGUGUUUUUUUCCCGUUCACCAUCACCGACAUGGUGAUGGAGGACUGGAUCUUUGGACGUUUCAUGUGCAAAUUUGCCUCCUCAGUUAUGUUCCUCAACAUGUUCAGCAGUAUCUUCCUCCUGGUCAUCAUCAGUGUCGACCGCUGUAUGUCAGUCAUGUUUCCAGUCUGGUCCCAGAACCACCGCACUGUGAAAAAGGCAUCCAUUGUUGUUGUAAUAGCCUGGGUUCUCGCCAUCGCACUGAGUCUUCCAUCUAUGAUCUUUCGGGAUAUUGUUACUUAUAUGGACAGGACCCUUUGCUUUAACAAAUACAAUUCAGACCAGCACAGUCACAAAACUGUUGCAUUUACCCGCUUCCUAGCAGGAUUUAUUGCCCCUUUGAUCAUCAUCAUCAUCUGCUACUCUGUCAUCAUCCUCAAACUUCGCACCAGCAGGAUGACCAAAUCCUCAAAGCCCUUCAAAGUCAUGACUGCGCUCGUCGCUGCUUUCUUCCUCUGCUGGCUGCCGUACCAUGUGUUCAUCCUGCUUGAGCUAAACCAACACAACCACAACCACAACAGUGACAUUUUAAAAAUUGGACUACAAGUAGGCACAUCUGUAGCUGCAGCAAACAGCUUCCUCAACCCAGUGUUGUAUGUUUUCAUGGGCAACGAUUUCAAGCAGAAGUUUAAGAGUUCGGUGCUCUCAAAGAUGGAGAAUGCGAUGGCUGAUGAAGGCCGCACCUUAAGCCGAUACCUUUCCAGGUCCAGCUCCGUGGACAACAGAGCGUCUACUCACAUCUAGAGGUCCCAUAUAUAUUUGCUCAUUUACAAACAAAACACUGUUUUCACAUGUGCAGUUAAUUACCACAACAUUUGAAAUAUAUUUUUGCCCUCUUAAGAGAACAAUGAAUAUAUGAAAUACGUAGAAAUUCACUGAAAAAUGAGCAAUAUGUCCUGUUUUUAAGUGUAAGCUCACAGACACAUCACGUAGUUGAAGAAUUGUCUGUUUCCGUGCAUUAUUGAAAUCUGAAAACCGAGCUCAUGUUGUAUUUCAGGAU